AUGGCUCCACCGGCUCCCACACAGGCGGCGUCUCCGCAUCGGAGACAGUUCGCACCGCUCGCCGGCCGUACCCCUGAAAGCUCCAUACCAUCGACACCAUCCGCCGCGGGACAGCCAAAAGUGCUGCGGGGUGUUGUCUUUGACACCUACAUGUUCGGCCAGAUGCGUGCCGCCCUCGGCAUCACAAAGGGCAUCGACAUCCUCGACCACAUCUACGCCCUGCCCACGCCCGAGGCACGGCACGAGGCCAUGGAGAGCAUCCGCAACAUUGAACGUGCCGCCAUGGCCUCGCAAGAAGCCCAGCCCGGCCUGGCCCCGCUCAUGGACUAUCUCGCCGCCCGCGGCGUGCCCAAGGCCAUUUGCACCCGCAACUUUGAGCAGCCGGUGCUGCACCUGCUGGGCAAGUUCCUCGACGGCCACGUGUUCGCGCCCAUUGUGACGCGCGACUUCCGCCCGCCCAAGCCCGACCCGGCCGGCAUCCUGCACAUUGCGCGAAGCUGGGGCUUCCUGCGGUCGGCGACAGGCCCGAGUGCCGACGACGAAGACACUGCCGACCGUGCCGCGGUCGCUGCCGAGCAAAAAGAAGAGGAGGCGGAGGCUGAGACGGUCGCCGCGGUGCCCGAAGCCGACGCGUCGGGGUUGAUCAUGGUGGGCGACUCCAUUGACGACAUGACCGCCGGCCGCAAAGCGGGCGCAGCGACUGUCCUGCUCGUCAACGACGUCAACGCGCACUUGGCUGAGCACGAGCACACGGACCUUGUCAUCUCACGACUGGAUGAGCUAAUUGAUGUCCUGGAGAAGGGCUUUGUCGGACGGGAGAUUACGCAAGUAUUGUGA